AUGGAUUUCCUCCGCUCUUGUGUCCUGUGCGCCGCACUCCUCGCUCUUACCAAGGCUUUUACGCAUGAGGAUAUGAAGGACGCCCUAUUGCAGAAACUGGGCUUGGACGAAGUUCCAAAGAUCCACAAGAGGGAUUUGGAGAACCUGGUUAUUCCGGCGCAUAUCAAAAAUAAGUACAUGUCCAUGCUGAAGUUGCACCACAGCAGGAAACGCAGAUCCCUGCCCAGCCUGGCGGGCAUUCUGAGGGGCAUCCCUGGCAACGCAGAUAUAUCUGGGGAGUACGUGUACUCUGACACCACGCGACAACGCAUGGUUUUUGACAUGGAUGCGAGAAUCCCGGACAACAGCGAGGUGACCAUGGCGGAGCUGAAGCUGUACAAGAGGGCUCCACACCACAAGCGCUCCAUGGCGGAGAGGAAGAGCCACCGGCCCGUCAACAACGCCAGGGUCAGCAUCUACUGGGUGGAGGUGCUGCCCAACGGAGCCAACAGGACGUCACUGGUGGACUCACGGUUGAUCCCCAUUCACGAGACCGGCUGGAAGAGCUUUGAUGUGACCCAGGCGGUGCACUAUUGGUCCAAGACCCAGCAGAAGACACCUAUGCACCUGGAGGUGUGGAUCGAGGGCGAGAGACCUGGCAGCUACGCGGCAGAGAUGGCCAAGAGUGUCCACUUUACCACCCAGGAGCAGACGGACAACACCUUGGGAAAGCCCGAGCUCAUCCUCUACACACUCAACCUCGAAGAGUACGGCUCUCGUGGCGACUGUGACCUUAACCAAAACAAGGACACAUGCUGCAGGGAGCAGUACUUCAUCGACUUCAGGGCGCUCACCUGGACGCAGUACUGGAUCAUUGAACCUGCGGGCUACCAGGCCUUCAGAUGCACGGGAGGCUGCAAGCAGCCCAGGCGCAACUACGGCUACGGGGAGAGGCGGUGCACGGUGGCUGAAAGCGCCCCGCUACCCAUCAUGUACCUGGUCAAGAAGGGAGACUACACCGAGAUAGAAGUAGCAGAAUUCCCAAAUAUGAUUGUAGAGAGAUGCGCAUGCACGCUGGACAACGUCUCCGUAGUGUGA